CUUGUAUCUAUUCACAAUCUCAUUAUAUUCAUAAACAAAUAAUUAAAUAUCAGCAAAAUUGAACCCUUUUCAGCCAUACAAAUCUCUCUUUUUUUUUACUGAUAUUCACAAUUUUAUAAAUUUGUGUGUUUGCAUGUAGAACAGUGAGUCUGUAUACACAUAGCAUUUUAAAUUUAUUUGAUUUUUUAGUUAUUUAUAUAGAUGGGGAUGGUUACCUCGUCGAUGGCGGCUAAAUUGGCGUUUUUUCCGCCGGACCCUCCGUCUUACAGGGUGGUGGAGGAGAAGGGGACGAGGAGAUUGCGAAUGAUGGAGGUUGCGGAGAAGGAGAAUAUGGAUGUGUUGAAACUGAAGACGAAGAGGGGAACGGAGAUCGUGUCAUUGUAUUUUAGGAACCCGGAGGCAAAGCUGACGCUGUUGUACUCCCACGGCAACGCCGCCGAUAUUGGUCAGAUGUACGACCUCUUAAAUGAGCUCAGCCUCCGUCUUCGUGUCAAUUUGAUGGGGUAUGACUAUUCUGGGUAUGGACAAUCUACUGGAAAGCCCACUGAAGAGAACACUUAUGCUGAUAUAGAAGCUGCAUAUAGAUGCCUUCAAGACACUUAUGGAGUGAAAGAAGAAGAUAUUAUAUUGUAUGGGCAGUCUGUUGGGAGUGGACCGACUCUGAAUUUGGCUUCCCGUUUGUCUAGAUUAAGGGCUGUUGUUCUUCACAGCCCAAUUCUGUCUGGACUUCGAGCGAUGUAUCCAGUUAAGCAGACAUACUGGUUUGAUAUUUAUAAGAAUAUUGACAAAAUUUCGUUCGUCCAAUGUCCUGUCUUGGUCAUUCAUGGUACUGCAGAUGAUGUUGUGGAUUGCUCCCAUGGUAUGCAACUUUGGGAGCUCUGUAAAAAGAAGUAUGAGCCAUUAUGGGUUAGAGGUGGCAAUCAUUGUGACCUGGAACUCUACCCGGAAUACAUUAAGCAUUUGAAGAAAUUUAUAUCAACUGUUGAGGAAUUAGCCCAUUUGAGCACACCAUGCAUGGAUCAUACUGACAAUCCUUGAAAAAACAUCGAUCAGAGAUAAAAGCCUAGAUCAAGUACUGAUCAAAGAGAUAAGCAUAGAGCAAAUGCAGACCACAGAGAGAAAUCUAGAAUCAGCACUGACAGGAGAGAAAAAUCACGAAAGAGUAUGGAUCACGCUGAAAAAGUAAAUAACAAUGCCGAACAGCCAGAGAGCGCAAGGAGCGGCAUAAAUCAGUUGAAUUCAAUUCAGAUGGCUUAGAGAUUUUCUUUUCUUUAUUUUUUCCCCUUUCGAUCAUAUGUUUUUUCAUUCUCUUUAUUCAGUUCUUGGACAUCUCACUUUGGAAUCGGAUGGUGGCAGCUUUUGAGAUAUAUUGAGAUCAGCUGUUUUCUACCAUAUCGACUGUUUCUAGCUUGUGGUUACUAAGGUCUGUUGUUGGAAAGAUCUUGUUGUUUUCUGCCAUGUUGAGAUUUUUAGGUUAAUAGUAUGUAUUUUGUUUUUGAAUUGAUCAAAUCUAGUUUCCAUGGUGAACAAUAGAAAAUGUUUCAUGUAGGUUGCUGAUUUAUGUUAU